AUGGUGGAGCGGCUGCCGGUGCGGAAGCAGGUGGAGCUGGACACCAUCACAUGCGCGGGACGGCAGCACCACAUACCCGGCCUGGCCUGGCCGCGCUUCCCGCCCUGGGACCGCUGUUGGCACGACCCCUGGCACUCGCGGGGGCCGCGCUACGAGGAGAUGCCGCUGUACAAGGAGCGGGGGUGCUACAUCUGCCACCAGCGUGUCCGAAUGCUGGAAGGGGUGCGGCAGGCGCAGUGGCUCACCAAGACGAAGCUGGUGGAAGGUUUGCCUCUAUCCGUGCAGAGCAUCCUGGACAACCCGGCCCACGGGCUGCAGGAGCAUGAGGAGCAGGUGAAGGACGCGAUCUCACACUCGCGCUUCUGGGACACCACAGAGGUUGCUCCCAAGAGGGACCGUUUCUGGAAGUAUCCUGCUCUGAGUAAAAGGAUGUUGGCUAGAAACUACAGGAUAGCAGCAACAUGGGAAAGAGAAUCCAUUCUCCUUCAGGUCCGUGGCCUGAAUGGAAUACUCAUGAACUCUAUGGCCCCUAUACCACCAGUAGCCUCCAAGGAGGAGAUCCUGGCCACCAAAGAACAUGUUCUGGAGACUUUCCAUCCCAUCUUGCCUACAAUUGAUCUUCAGGAGGUGAAUGUCUACAAAGAGCUCAAUGACACAGGUUUCAGAGAUGGUUAUCCCUACUCUCAUCCUCACACUCUGUUCUUCCUGGAGUCAGCCAUCAUUUGCCCUGACAGGUUCAGACCAGAACAGCUCCGUGCUAAAAUGCUGAUGUUUGCUUUUGGCAACGCGCUGGCCAAGGCCAAGGUGCUCUAUGGGAAUGAUCCCAAGGUUUUGGAGCAGCCAAUAGUGGUGCAAAGCAUUGGCACAGAUGGCCAGCUCUUCCAGUUCAUGGUGUUCCAGUUAAAUACAACAGACCUUGUCUCUAGCGAUGGCAUAAAAAAUCUAGUGUGGAUUGACUCUGAUCAGAAACUGUAUGAGACAGCCCAGUGUGUUCCAAAAAUCAAGAAGAGAGUUGUAGUGUUCCUCCAGCGUGACCUGCUGGAAUCGGCCCAGCUGAGGGAGUCCAACAAUGGGUCACAGAGCCUCAUCUGA